AUGAUGAAAAAUUUUAAUAGAGCAUUUGAAGAUUUUGGAAUGGGAUUUGGUGGAAGUAUAAUGAAGGAAUUCUCAGAUCAUUUCGGGAAUAUAGAUAAAAUUUCUGAAAGAUAAUAAGCUUAUAGAAAUACAGAAAAUAAAAGAGAUAUAAUUGCCUAAGAAAGAAUGUUAAAUAAUUAAGGAAGAAAAGUUAUUAAAGAAAGAAAUAAUGGAAAUUUAAAUAAAAUUAACAAUUUUUAUAAUAUGGAUGAAAACUAUAAACAAUAUAAUUUCAAAAAUGAUGAAAGAAGAGGUGACUAUAUACCUGCAGAAGUUAAACACUAAGAUAUGCCUGUGAGAAUUAAUAAAAACGAAAAUUUCGGAAGAAGAGGAACUGAUUUAUAACCUACUUAACCAGGAAGAGCUGUAAAUUAAUUACCAGUAAGUGAAUCUGCAAUUUAAAAUAAUAAUAAUAAUAAUAAUCCUAUUUCUAAUGUAAAUAAUUAAAGAACUUAAUUACCAAGAGCUUCUGUUAAUUAUCCAAGAUAAAGUAAUAAUAAUGCAAAUUUACGACCUGUAAGAAAUUCAGUUGAGCCAGGAGUUUAUCGUAAUCAGGCUAAUAAAGGAACUAUGCCUAAAGCUGGAUGA